UAUUUUAGAAUAAGGCUGUAAUGUAACAAAAUGUGGGGGGAAAAAGUCAAUAAGUCUUAAUUACUUACCGAAUGCACUGUACAUGUGCUUAUUCAGCGUAGUAUAGACUAAGUUAUGACCUGAUAUAGUUUAGUAAGAUGGUAUGCGUCUGAUGUAGGUUAUGUUUUUCUGAUGUAAUAAUAUGUUUUCAUUCUCCUGUCUCCUACAGAAGACGAGUCUGUGGGAUCCAUUUUAGAAUAAGGCUGUAAUGUAACAAAAUGUGGAAAAAUUCAAGAGGUUUGAAUACUUUCAGAUUGCACUAUAUGUAGGCUGGUGUAGGUAUGUAGGGUCAUUUAGAGGGUCAGGGAGGGAGCUUUAGAUCUCUCCCUUUUAAUUAUGUAUCUCAAAGCCAAUCUGAAAAAUUGGAUGGUGGAGGUGCUGUGGUUAGUUAGAGAAAUGGACUGCCAGUCGAAUGCAGAAUCCCACGGUAAUUCACGUAAAGUAGAAACAUAUGGUAGAUGCUUAUAUCCAAAGCGACUGAUGCCUAGUAACAACAAAGACAUUUGAUAUGUGUGGCCCAUGUGGGAAUCAAAUCCACAACUGAUAUUGAAAGCGCAAUGCUCCAAUCUAUUGAGCUAUCAGCACCGCACCAACUAAUCACUUCCCUUACAGGAUGUAAAACUCCAAUCUGCAUUGAGCUGAGAUAGUUGACAAUUGUACAUAAAUCUACUGUAUGUGUUGUGUAAAUACAAGGUACAGAGUUGUAGAGCUUUGUGUGUGAAAUUGUAAGUUAUAACUCUUGAUGUUAUUAGUCUCUUUGUUACUUUUCCAGACUCUUCCAGACACACUGUCCAGAGGAGCAUGAUGACUACUUUCCCCAAUGAGACAGAGGAGACAGGCUUCUCCUCCCUCUCUCCUUCAUACCCCCCCUCCCUCACACCGUCCAUCUCCCUCACCUCCAACCCUUCCUCUUCCUUCGCCUUCUCCCUCUCCACCUCCUCCUCCUCUCUGGCCAACUGCUCCAGCUCUCCAUCGCCCUCCUCCCCUCCCUAUAACUUCUACGCUGUGCUGCUGGUGCUGCUUAUCUUCUGCGUGGUAUUUGGAAACAUGCUAGUUUGUGUGGCGGUGUCGCGAGAGCGCGCCCUCCAGACCACCACCAACUACCUCAUCGUCUCCCUGGCUGUGUCCGACCUGCUGCUGGCCACCCUGGUCAUGCCCUGGGGCGUCUACCUGGAGGUGGUAGGGGAGUGGCGCUUCAGUCUAAUCCACUGUGACAUCCUCCUGACCCUGGACGUCAUGAUGUGUACUGCCAGCAUCCUCAACCUCUGUGCCAUCAGCAUCGACAGGUACACGGCGGUGGCGAUGCCCAUGCUGUAUAACACCAGAUACAGCUCCAGGAGGAGGGUGGCUCUGAUGAUUGCUGUCGUGUGGUUCCUCUCCUUCGCCAUCUCCUGCCCUCUGCUGUUUGGACUCAACAACACAGCCAGUCGGGAGGAGACCAAGUGUGCCUUCGCUGAUCCGUCCUUCGUGGUCUACUCAUCCGUGGCCUCCUUCUACGUUCCGUUCAUCGUGACCCUGCUGGUGUACGCCCAAAUCUGUGUGGUGCUGCGGAGGCGGGGCCGACGCACUGUGCCCCGUAGGCACGGCCUGCACCCACAGGGAGGAGGCAAGACGGGGGAGGGCCACAGGCACAGGAAGAAUAAGUGUACUCACCCUGAGGAUGUGAAGCUGUGCACUCUGAUCAUGAGGCCCCCCACCAGCGCCCCCCAACGCAAGAAAGUGACGUUAGUGAAGGAGGCGGUGGUGCACCCCCUGGAUGAGGAACCUGUGGGGCGUGGUUUCCUGUCCCAGUUAGACCAGAGCCUCCCCCCACCUCACCCCCCUCCCGCCUCUGGACGAGCCACCAAGGUCUCUCUUUCUAUCUCGGUGGCGCCCGCGCCCUUCCUGGCCCUGUCCCCUUCGGUGGCACCACGCUCCGCCCUCGUACCCCACCGUGCCACCUUCGAGGACGGCGUGAGUGGGCGCGAGCGAUGGAGGGAGCGAAAUGCAGACAGGGGGAAGGGAGCGAUGGCGAAGGAGAGGGUGAAAGGGACUCUGUCGCAGCAGAAGGAGAGGAAGGCGACCCAGAUGCUGGCUAUCGUGCUGGGUGUGUUCAUCAUCUGCUGGCUGCCCUUCUUCCUGACCCACGUGCUGAAGGCCCACUGUGCCAGCUGCUGUAUCUCCCCCUCCCUGUACAGUGCUGUCACCUGGCUGGGCUACCUCAACAGUGCCGUCAACCCCGUCAUCUACACCACCUUCAACAUCGAGUUCCGUAAGGCCUUCAUCAAGAUCCUAAACUGCUGAGUACAGGGAAGAAGAAGAGGAGGAGGGGGGAGAGUGGGAGGAAGGACAAGUGUGAAAAGUGUUUGAGUAGUGGAGAGAGGCAAAAAAAAAGGUCAUAGACUAUAAAUGAAACUAAAGAAGUGAAAGAGAGGGGUAAAAACAAAGACAAGAAGGGAAUGGAAGGAGAGAGAGAGGGGGAUGUAGAGAGAGGUGACAGAAGAUAAAAAAAGAUAAUUUAAGAGGUCAAACAGAAGAGCAAUUGAAUCAAAUUUACAGAAAUACCAAAUCAAAAACAGCCUUGGGAAUUAUAAAGAGAUGUACACUUCUGUAAAUAUAAACCAUAACCGGGUGGAGAGAGAUAUUCUGAAGGUUCUAUGGGAAGAGAUGGGAGUCUCAUGGGGUAGGGCACAAACAGUGGCAAAAGACAGACUACAGUGGCAGAAGACUGUCCCACUACGUACGAGGAUGACUAAGUAAAUGUAUUGCUCUCUGAUUCCGCUCUCACAUAUAAUGUCAAAGCGUCUGCAGACGUUGUCCUGUUUUUACUCUGAUACAGUUAUUUACAGUUUGUAAAUGACGUUAAUUAAAUUAGAGAGGUAAUCUUUUAAGGAGAUGCCGCAAUUUUUCUCCAAUAGCCGUCUUGUGUCGUCCCAGUGUAAACAAGCCUAUAAGAGAUGUAUUACAUUAAGAACAUGAAGAUGUUGGUGAAGAUAUGAUGCCAUGGUGAUAUGAUGAGCGACUAAUCAAGGUUUGUUCAUAAAGUAUAUGUAUAUAUUGUUGUUUGGAGUUUGUUAAUGUGAUCUCUGCUGUAAAUAUCUGUAUUACUGUUAUUGUACAGAUACAUGUAAUAAAUUAUAUUC